CCCGCGCUCGGGGCUGUCCCUCUUGCCUCUCCCAAUAUGGCGGCGGAGGCGGGUCGGGGACCGCCCUGGGCGGGGCUUAGCGAUGACGCCGCGCUGGCUGGUGGGGAGUCUCUUCAAGCGGCAGGCGCGCGCCGACAGGUGAGCGGCAGGUUCGGAGCAGGACUCCCGCGCGCCAGCCAGGCACCGGGCACGGUCCUCUCCCAAUGGAGCUAUCCUGCAGGACCUCUGUUCCCCAGGGCUGGGUUCCUCCAGCCCCAGAAUCAGACGAACACAUGCACAUUAACAGAGCGCGUCUGAGAGAACCGGGUCAAUCAGUCCUCCCAAGCUGACCCCUUUAUAUGCCCCUGGACUCAGCAGACUGGGUCGAACAUCACCUCCAAGCUGUCACCUUCAUAUGCCCCUGGACUCAGCAGACUGGGUCAAACAGCACUUUCAAUCUGCCACCCUCGUGUGUCCCAGGUUCAGCAUGUCCCUAUCCCCACUUUCACAUUACAGUUGUUCUGGUAGUAAUCCACCUGAUGAGCAAACAGCACAGGAUUUUUGGGCGCUGCAGGGAUCUUUUAGCUUAGGUACGAGGAGCGAUGCCGCAGAACGAAUGAGAAAAGGUGGGAUUUGGCUCGAAACAAAACACAGACUAUUCCCCUGCUGACAGAGAUCAAGCUUGGGAGAUUUCGGGGUGACGGUCUUUCUGCCGGCUGCCCUUUGAAUCUCUGCUCUUUGGUGAAUAAAAGGAUCCUCGCGUUCUCUACAAGCCAAUCUAAGUGCCGGGGGUGGAGCAGAACCCUGGUCCAAGGCAGAACGGAUCCCACGCCAUGGGCAGCCGGGCCGAGCCCCUGAGCCCCCUGACCCGCUGGUACAUCUACGCCAUCCACGGCUACUUCUGCGAGGUGAUGUUCACGGCCACCUGGGCCUUCGUGGCCGAGCGGGACUGGAAGUUCCAAGGCGUCACCAGCGUCUGGGCCCUGUUCAUCUACGGCACGUCCAGCCUGGUGCUGGAGCGGAUGUACCUGCUGCUGCGGGGCCGCUGCCCCCUGCUGAGCCGCUGCCUGUGUUACACCCUCUGGAUCUACCUGUGGGAGUUUGCCACCGGCUACCUGCUGCGCCGGUUCGACGCCUGCCCCUGGGACUACAGCCACUUCCGCUACCACCUCAUGGGGCUGGUGACGCUGGAGUAUGCCCUCUUCUGGUUCCUGGGCUCCCUGCUGCUGGAGAAGCUGAUCAUCGGGAACACCCUGCGGCUGCGGCUGGAGGGGCCCGGCCCCACGGCCGCCCCCGCCGGCCGCUUCGCACCCCACAAGGACGCCUGA